CGGGUGCAAGGCUGGAAGGGAACACUGAGCGUCCCUCCCUCCCCGCACCUGAGCCGGAACGCAGCUUCAGGUGCGCACUGGGAGAGAGGAGCAGGCCCCCGGGCCAGGCGUGGAACCCUCAGGGCGCGCUCCCGGGGUCCCCAGGCCGCCGGCGCUGCAGGUACAUUCAAGCUGCGGUCGCAGCCCUCCCGGGGGCAGAACUUUCAGCGUGUUGAGCAAGUCUCUCCCCACGUCCUGUUUUCCGAUCCGCCUUCUCGCUCUCGGCGUCUCAGAAAGAAGGCUGUACUGCCCCCUGCCCGCCUGCUUCGAGUCCCCUCACGAGUCCCAUCCGCAACUCUCGAGGCCUCCCCGGGAGUGGAGCCCGGGCCGGGUGUGGGCAUCUUCAGGGUGAACUCACCUGUCUUUGCUCGCGCCCCUCCCGGAAUGCCCCGGGGACGCCCGUUCCGCUGCCUUUAUAGCGCUCUCAGACGGCAGCGAGACGUUUUAUUUAUGGAGCAACAGAGACACCUUGGUCGAAGGGAAAGACACACAGGCUGCGGUCUUUCUCAACUGAUCCUAUCAGGAAAGAAAUCCUACCCCUCCUGCAUUCCUUCCCUUUCCCGAACCAGGAAGGCUGAGAAUCUUACUGGAUGCCACGUAGGGGCCACCCGGAUCCUCAUUUAUCCCCAGUUACUAACCUCGCGAGCUGCGAGGUCAGGGGCGGGCCAGGCCCUGUGGGACUCCUUAAGGGAGAGUAGAGCCCGACAUAGAGGAAGAGGUCCGCGGUCUCUGGGAGUGCUGACCUUGACUCCUAGGUUGUGUGAUUCAGGGAACUCCACAGCCUGCCACAGGUGCUCUCAUCCAGAUGGAGAGGAGAAGAGAAACAGGGUCCAGGUUUCUAUAUCAAUAAACCCUUGAAUUUCUAGAAAGUUUUUUAGGAGUAUUUAAUAGGUGGAGUGUUUAAUUAGGGUUAUUUAAUCGGUGGAGGAUACAGAGCGUCCACGGUUUAUUCAGAUUUUAGCUCCAUAUUUUAUGGGUGCAUGUGUGUGUGUUUUAUUUCACAAUCCAAAUCCAGCGUCCAGGUGACCCUUUCUUACCCGCUAGACUCUUUUUUUCUUUUGUCUCAUUCUCCUGGACAAUCAGGAGUCUAGGACCACAUGGAAAUCAAGACUAGAAGAGAGAGAGGAGGAGCCGGAGCUAGCCUACCUCAUCAGUGUUUUGUCUUCCGUCGGGAUAAAUUUUGCUAAAACUAAUGCCAAAAACCUUCCUUAGCAAAAAGGAAGGGUUUGAUAAACCAGAACAUUCUCACCUGAUUAUCAGUGUUCUGAUGUAAAUACAGAAGAGGCUCCGAAAUACAGAUGUAUGUACAUCGACCUUCUGUUACCUUGAAUAUACAGACCAUGAUGAUUCUACAAGCUCCUGGAAACAGAACUGGUCACCAGAGAACCCUGAUGCAAAUCACCUGGUAUUGUAGAAAGCAUGUGCAUUUCCUGAAAGUGAAUGAGUCAACAGCUUUCAACAGAUCUUCAAGGGCUUACUUGACCCAAUGAAGUUAAGAACCACUGGAGAAGAAACCUAAAAGGAAAAUCCAGGUCAUGAACUUUGUAAUUUUUAUUCACAUAUAGAGAAGAGGGGAGGAAUCUCUUGUGUAUGUUUUAUUUAUGCAUACCAGUGGUUCUUAAAAAAGGGCUUUCUUGCCCCCUGAGGUCAAUGCCUGGAGGUGUUUUUGGUUGUCACACCUAGAAGUAUGCUAUUGGCAUCUAUCUAGUAGAGGCCAGGGAUGCUGCUAAACAUCCCGCAAUGAAGUUUGCUGUCACGCUAAGGUUUUGCAAGCAAUUUAAACUGUACAUUUAUUAAUAAAUUGCUGCAUGUACUGAAAUAUGUAUCUCUCCAUAUAUGUAUAUAUAUGUGUGUAUUUUUUCAUUAUUGUUGGAUGUAUAGCUCAACUCCACUAAACAGAGGAAAGUAUUUGUUUUAAAGUAGAUUCUGAAUAUACUCACUCUAUAUAUCCUCAUCCACACCUUCAAGAUCUGGUGAAAACACUGUCUUCCAUGAACAUUCUUCGAUGCUCUAGGUCAGAAUUAAUCCAGUCCCUUUUCUGAAUUCUCUUAAUACCUUAUCUGAUCCUGUCUUAAGUUACCUCUCUCUCACUAGCUACCUUAGUAUCCCAAUUUUGUUUACAUACAAGUCCUAUCUCUGUCACUAGACAAUCACUUCUUGAGGGCAAGCACUGUCUCCUUUCAACCAUGAUUAUCUUCUGUUUUUCGAACAGAUUUAUCUACAACCCAAAUAUACCUUUAAAAAAAUGAAAAAUUACAUAUUUGAUCUACAACUUUUUUUUCUCAGUUGAGACCAUGCUAUGGAUAUUUUUGCAAGUGAGCACAUAAGAAUUUUUUCUUAAGUUUGGAGAUGGCUAUCUAGGAUUCCAGAAUAUCAACUUGUAUUCAUAGCUCCAUGGUAACUCACCUACAUAAGUCACAACUCUUUGCUGAAUUAAGUUAGAAGGCAUUCUGUACAAAUACAAAUAUAUUCCAUAUCCCACUCUAAUAUGGAUUUCUGCUCCCUGUUACUUGCUAUUUGAACACUUUCAGUCUGGUCCAGUCAGGCCUGUGAGCCACUUUGCAUCAGAACUUGGUUUGCUGGUUCAGAAAGUGGGGUAAGGCUGGUGAAGGACAGAGGAGAAAAGACUUGAAUAGCAACAGGAGGCAAAAGAGUAACUUCCCUUGGCUAAUAGAAUUCUUUGAUAUGCGUCUUUCUGUAUAAGAGUUUGGUUCAAUAAUCACACUUAUAAGUCCUGCAUGUGUCUGGAUGAAGAUAAUUGCUUUUUUCUGUUGAAUCCUUAUUCUAUAGCAGAAAUACCUGGGGUAGAACAGAACGGUAUCUCUGUCAAGGAUUCUACAAGGGUAUAGAACCGCUUUUCUCAUAGGUAAAAGGCAGAGUGUCUGAAUUUGGCUGUUUUAAAAACAGAAGAAUAGGAGGAAAUAACAGCUUGUUCUCCCCACCCAAUUUAAUUGUGAUUUUAAACACCUCAGAUUACUCACUUGGGCUUUACAAGUCAAUCUUCACCUGCUUCACACAGAGGUGGGUGGUUCUUAACAGAUUUUAAAUAUAUUCAGGACUUCUUUCCAAAGAGAUAGACGCAUCACUUAAAAAUAAAUGUCAGACAACAUUAUUGUUACUUUACAGUACUUAUUUAGCAGUUAAUACUUAUUUAAAAGGCAUUUCUUAUUUAUCAUUUAGGUAUUUGCAGUGUAAGACAAAUCUCUUAUUUGAUUAUGCAUUCACCUGUUCAUUUAUUUAUUUGUUCAUUCAUUCAUUGAUUCAAGGAUUUAUUAGGAAAUUAUUUGUGCUGGCCAUGGGUACAAUGAUGAGCAAAAGCUUGUAUCCUAGCCUCAUAUUUGUGGGUGCAGUAGACAUUCAUCAAAUGGUCACAAAAUGCAGAUCUUAUUUCACUGAUUAUAAAAUACAGAUUUUUCACAUUCUAUCAGGAUUCAUGUUACAAUUGAUCUACUAUAUAUUACAGUUUAAUUGGUAGCAUAUUUUGUGAUUCAUAAAAUAAUUAUGUUUUACAAUAGCAUUCUAGAAUUAAUAAAAUAUAGAUAUUUACGUAAAUUUAUAAUAUA